UUAUCAUGUGUGAAUUGGAGCCUCUGGGAGCUGGUAUAUAAAGCCAGGCAGGACGGGAGAACACUCACCAUCGACACCAUGAAGGUCCUGGUGCUGUGUGCUCUCCUGGCGGCCGCCGCCGCUGCUACUGAAGGAGCGUCCGUAGCACAGAAACAGCAUGAUAUAAAUUAUCUGCUGUUUAAGGUCUAUGAAGUUUUUCGUGACGCCAACCUAAAGCAGCUCGGGGAGACCUUCGACCCUGAGGCCGACCCAUCUCACUAUACAGACAAUGGCGCCGCUGCCCACAAGCUGGUGAAGGAACUGAAGGACGGGAGACUUCUGCAGCAGAAACACUGGUUCUCCCUCUUCAAUACUCGACAACGUGAAGAAGCCCUUAUGCUCUAUGAUGUCCUGGAACACAGCAAGGACUGGAACACAUUCGUCGGCAAUGCUGCUUAUUUUAGAAACCACAUUAAUGAAGGAGAGUUUGUGUAUGCAUUGUAUGCAGCAGUGACCCACUCUCCACUCACUCAAGACGUUGUGCUUCCACCACUUUACGAGGUCACCCCACACUUGUUCACUAACAGUGAAAUUAUCCAACAAGCUUACCGUGCCAAGAUGACCCAGACGCCAGGUAAAUUCAAGUCAGAGUUUACUGGUAGCAAAAGGAACCCAGAGCAACGAGUGGCUUACUUCGGUGAAGAUAUCGGCAUGAACACCCACCACGUUAUUUGGCAUUUGGAGUUCCCAUUCUGGUGGGACGAUGCCAAAGAAGGUCACCAUCUGGACCGCAAGGGCGAGAACUUCUUCUGGGUACAUCACCAGCUCACCGUCCGCUUCGACGCCGAAAGGGUGUCCAACUACUUGAGUCCAGUGGAAGAACUUCACUGGGAGAAACCUAUUAAGGAAGGUUUCGCUCCUCAUGCAACUUACAAGUAUGGUGGCUACUUCCCCUCUCGUCCGGACAAUAUCCACUUCCAGGACGUCGAAGGUGUAGCUCAUGUUCGCGACAUGCUCAUUCUUGAGAGUCGUGUUCGUGACGCCAUUGCCCAUGGCUUUGUCACUGCCAAGGAUGGAUCUCUCAUUGAUAUCAAUAACGCACGUGGCAUUGACGUUCUAGGUGAUAUUAUCGAGUCUUCUAUGUACAGUCCUAACGCUGAGUACUACGGUGCCCUCCACAACACAGCUCACAUUGUGCUUGGUCGCCAGGGAGACCCUCAAGGAAAGUACGACCUUCCUCCAGGCGUCCUGGAACACUUUGAAACUGCCACCCGUGACCCUGCGUUUUUUAGGUUGCACAAAUAUAUGGAUAAUAUAUUCAGGGAACAUAAGGAUAGUCUCACGCCAUACACUAAGGAGGAGUUAGAGUUUAGUGGUGUUGCUAUUGACAAUAUUGCUAUUGACGGACCUGUUGAAACGUAUUUUGAAGAUUAUGAAUACAGCUUGCUUACUGCUGUUGACGACACGGUCGAAAUUGAUGAUGUAGACAUAUCAACAACUGUGUCACGUCUGAACCACAGGGACUUUUCUUACAAAAUCGACGUUAUCAACAACAAUGACCACGAAGUGUUAGCAACAGUGCGCAUCUUCGGCUGGCCCCACCGUGACAACAAUGGUAUUGUCUUUCCAUUCAACGAAGGUCGCUGGAGAGCCAUCGAGCUGGACAGGUUCUGGGCGAAAUUGAGACCUGGAGUGAACCACAUCGUGCGCAAGGCUAAGGACUCGUCAGUGACUGUCCCCGACGUGCCCAGUUUCCAGACCCUGAUGCAGAAGGCCGACGAGGCGCUCUCCUCUGGCAGCGAGCUCGACCUUCAUCAGUAUGAGAGUGCCCUUGGACUGCCCAACAGGUUCCUGCUGCCCAAGGGUAACUCUAAUGGUUUGGAGUUCGACCUGGUGGUGGCUGUCACCGACGGCGAGGCCGACGCUGCUGUAGAUGAUCUACACACAAACACCAAAUUCAACCACUAUGGCUACCGAGGAGUGUAUCCCGACCACCGACCACACGGCUACCCCCUGGACCGUCGUGUUGACGACGAACGCAUUUUCCACGACGUUCCCAACUUCAAACAAACGCUAGUCAAAAUCUACAAUCGUCACUAGACUUUUUAAAAAUAAUGAUUGUCGUUGGAUUUUCUAAAUUUUGUUUAUUGUUUUUCAUUCAUUAAAACUUGUCAAUAAACUGCAAGAGACUAAA